AUGAUUACUAUUGGCUAUGCAGGUCAUGUCAUUCCAAUGUUCGAAUUGGCGAAAUCCCUGAAAAACCAUAAUGUGACAUUUAUUACAGAUUCGUAUGCUAAAUCUUAUAUAAAUCCUGAACGAUAUUCGAAAUUAUCAUCAUUUCGUAUGAUUUAUACGAAUGAUGAGGCUGAUGCAGUUAUUAAUGAAAAGGGAACAACAAAAGCAGUUGAAUAUAUGAUAGACCACUCUGUGUUAGAUAGUGUAGCUUAUACAAUGUCAACACUGAGUCCGACAAUCAAUGCUUUGAUGACCAAAUCCGUGAAUAUAUUAAUGUCGGAGCAAUACGAUGUGAUUAUUGGUACUUCCGUGACGGCGGGUGUACCUGUUCUAUGUAAAGAAGCAAAAGCCUCAUGUGUAAUAAUAAUUCAGGAAAAUCAACCGAAUUUGUUUGAUAUUAAUUUACCUAUUAGCUAUUCACUACUAUCAUCAAAACAUAUGACCGAACUCAAAUAUCGUAUUUACAAUUUUGCUUUCAUUUUACGUUUUACGAUUCCUCUCUGUAAAACAUUAUUUAAAAUAUCCUACAGGCUUUUACAAUCGCUUCCUCAAGUACCCGGACCUUUUUAUGAAGUAUUUACAUUAAGAAAUAUAUUACUUACAAAAGUAAAUUGUUUGCAAUUGUUCAGUAUGCCACCAACGCUCUAUUCACCAUCACCGUUAUAUCAUGAUAUUAAGUAUCUUGGCGGAUUUGUAGAUGAAUCAUCAAUUGAAUACGUUGAAAAUGAUCUUACGCGAUGGGUUAAAGCAAAACCUCCGAAGUCCGUUGUCUAUGUAGCAUUCGGUAGUAUUUCUAUAUUGAACCAUGAUCGAAUGACGAAUUUAAUAUAUGGCCUAGCUAAGUUUCUUUUGCAAGACGAUUCGACUUUUGCUUUAUUGGCAUUUCGCAAUACGAAUUAUGAAAAUUAUCAAAUCGUACUAAACGAAAUGAAGCAUGAUCAAUAUCGACAGCUAUUCAUGAAUGAUCAACGAGUGAAAGUCGAAAAUCGUUUUCUUCAACAAAAAUGGAUUUUACAACAGAAUUCAGUCAGCGUUUUUAUAAGUCAUUGUGGAAUGGGCUCGAUUGUAGAAGGACUUUACUUUGAAAAACCUAUCAUAUGUGUACCAUUAUUCGUAGAUCAAUUUUUGAAUGCGAUUUCGAUCUUGGAUGCCCGAGUCGGAGAAUCAUUGUUUGAACCACCAUCUCUAUGGCAAUCGUUUUUAAAACCACUCGAUUUUCAUGAUUAUAUGUUUUCAGCAAGUGAUGUAACAACGAAACUAUUGACAGUGUGGCGAAACAUUUCAUACGAACGAGCAGUUCGAUUAAUGUCACUCGAAAUGAAGCAUGCUGGUGGUGUGAAAAAAGCAGUGGAAGAUAUUGAACUUUUAGUUAAUUUGAAUGGCAGUUUCGAUCGGUAUAUGCCAUUUCAUCAUACACUUCCUUUCUAUCAACGAUAUAUACUCGAUGUAAUACUCGUUUAUAUGGUUUUACCUUCAGCGAUCGUAUAUUAUUUAUGUAUGAAAUGUUGUAAAAGAAGUCGAAAGGAAAAAAAAGAUUAA